CGCGAUCUUUCGCCCGUGUAUUCUGAAGCUCCUUUAUUGAGCUGCCGAAGUGAGCUGUUGCAGGAUUAACUGUUGCAGUUGUAUGGAAAAACUCCCGAACAACCCUGCCAAUAGGUGAGCUGGGGCUAAAAAUGGCUCUAUGCACCACUCCAACGUGUUCAAGAGGAAUAGUUAUAUUCUUCAAUUUUCUAUUUUGGGUGACGGGGUCCUGCCUGAUACUACUGGGGUUCUACGUGCUGUUGGAUGCCUCCAAAGCCCAUCUUCUUCACCUAGUCGCCACCGAGGGUGAGGCAAAGUACUGCAUUGUUGUAAUCUCCUACACGUUGUUCCUCAUCGGCUGCGGGAUGAUGGGACUAGUGUUCAUGGGCUGCUGCAAACUGCACUCCAAGCCUUGGCUUAUCACUACGUACCUUACAAUUAUGGUGGUCCUGGAACUUAUUGAGAUCAUCGCCAUCUUGGUGAUCGCCACUUCUCGCAGCUCGAUGCUGAUUGACCUGCAGGGCAGACUCAGUGACCAGCUGAAGACAGACUACGGUCACCAGAACAACAACAACAUCAACACCCACGGCAACAACGUCUUCACACAAUCCCUCGACUAUGCGCAGUACACGUUCAACUGCUGUGGCGUGGAGGGACCUCAUGAGUAUAGCUUAACAAGAUGGUACAAUGACUCUGGCCAGAGCAAAGAACCCAGGAACGUUCCCAUCACUUGCUGUGCCAGGUUUACCUCUGAGGAGAACAGUGCGGGAAGUCCAAUAAGUGUUGUGUCCAGAGUUUUUCACGGAACUGUGGAAGAAGUGUGGCAAAACCCGAAAUUAAAUAAUGAGACUGCUUGUCAAAGGAACAGACCGAGAGCGCGAUAUUCCACAGGCUGCUGGGAGCCUAUAAAGGAGUGGUUUUUGUCCCAAAGUUUAAUACUAAUGCUUGUUCUCAUAGUCAUCAUGGGUUUACAGCUGGUUAGUAUCGGCUUCUUCGUUGUUCUUCUCAAGAACGUCUGCGAGCUGAAAGACCAGGCACCAUCAGCGCCAAGAAGAACCAGCUCUGGAGGCUAAUGGAACUGCAGCUGGAACAGGUUAUAAAGUGGGAACAGGUUCCAAAGCUGGACCUGGAAAUGGAAGCCUCAACUGGAAAUGGAACUACGUCACAAUGUGCCUCGUUCGAGGCUAGUCUACAACUGUAUUACUGGAACCAGGACUUUCCGUGUCAAUCGUGUGCCUCUUUAUUUUAAGACUUUUAGUGCAUAAAAUGCAAAGUUCGUAUAAGAUUGUUAAAAUUGAAUAUAUUUAUGUAAAAUAGGAAGAUAAGUAUGAAGGACGACGAGUAUUUCUCCACAGCAACUAAAUGGUGGCUUUGUAUCCUUUCUAAUGUUUGUACUAUUAUUCUGAUAUAUUAUUUUAGUUAAAUUUUGGAAUUGCCUUGUAAAAAAAUGUUUUGGGGAGAUUUACUCUUACAUAUUUUAUUACGAAGGGAAAAUCUGUUAAAGAUGAAUUUUGGAGUGUGCGAAAUGAUUAUGGUUACAGAUUAUUUGUUUCAAGAGAGUUUAACAAU